AUCAACGGAAAGAGUUGCGGUCUGUUCAGGCCUGAUCAAUUGAGAGGGGUUACGGGAGUCGUGCAGGGCAGAUUUAACGCCGCGGUUUCUGAUGAAGGGGUGAAGAGUGAGGCGUAUUCACAUGGUGCCUUGUGUCCUGCAGAGAGCGCCAUGGAGCGGGGGCUGAAGGUGAAGAUAAAGCAGUGGAAUGGCGUCGCCUCCUGGCUGUGGGUCGCCAAUGACGAGAACUGUGGCAUCUGCAGGAUGUCCUUCAACGGCUGCUGCCCUGACUGCAAGGUGCCCGGAGACGACUGCCCUCUGGUGUGGGGCCAGUGCUCCCACUGCUUCCACAUGCACUGCAUCCUCAAGUGGCUGAACUCCCAGCAGGUGCAGCAGCAGUGCCCCAUGUGCCGCCAGGAGUGGAAGUUCAAGGAGUGAGGAGGGGCUGCCGGGCGGUCCCGGCCGCGACAGGACGUCUGCCCGGCGUGCUCUUUGCUUGCUCGAGUGACUGUUAACUGUGUAGUUUACCCGCCUGCCAAGAAGGCCCAGACCUGGAAGAAAGCCUCCCCGUGUUGCUGACCUCUGUGCGGGAGGGUGGGGCAGUUCAGCCAGAGGCGUCCUGCAGCAGAGGGCAGAGAGGGAGACUCCACUGUGACUGGUCCCAGGCAAUGUCCUGGUUUCACUGAGGGGGAAAAAAAACACUUGUAUAUUUUGUGAUAUGUUUUUUUUUUAAUGUUUAGCAUUGUGUAUUUUUUUAUUCGUCGCCUGCUCUCCUGGAACAUCUGUUGAGCCCUGGGUGGCAGGCUCUGCAGCAUUACAAUAAACAGUGCGGUGAGAUCAGUGUGUG